UUCAAUAAAUGGCAGAAAUCACACUUCAUUCUAAUGUUGCUCAGAAGAUGCAGGAAUUAAGCAAAAGAAGGACUGAAUCACAACAACGGCCUGAUCUAUCAAAAUUAGAUCCUCCUAGGCUUCCUCCUCUAUCAGAGACUCCUUCAUCUCCAAAGCCACCAGAGUCUCCGAAAAAUCUUGAACAAAUCUUGUUGAAGCCGUCAGGUUCGAAGAAUAUUUUAGAACCCGUUGAACAACCAGAGAAGAAAAAGAAAAAGAGAAAAGUGCGAAAAUUAAAAUGGAAAAAGGUUAAUAAAACUAAAUUAUCAAUGAAUGAGUCAUCCAUGUUUAGUAGUGACUCACAAGUCAGUAGUCUGAACGAAAGCUUAGCUAACAGUAAACUUAAUACCACAAAGAAAAGAAGAAUAAGAAAAGUAAAAAAGAUUCGUAAAUAAGAAACCUGAAAUGGGAAAUCUGACUAUGAUCAAACCACCUGUUCCAGAUACAUUAAAUAACACCAAGAGCCAUCAAGAAGAGGCUGACCAGAAGGAGAAUAAAAUAGACUCUCCUGAGAAACGUUUAGGGAACAACUUAGACCUCGAUCUAGUAAAAGACGAAGAAAAUAAUUAUCCUCCUCCAAUGCCAAUCAGAGUAGCAGGAGGAACUUCCCUUGCUGCAAAUAUUAAUAACAUCGUUCAACAAGAGAAUCAAAAAGAAGUUAAACCCAAGGAAAAGGAAACCCAAGAGCCAGAAAAACAAAGAGAGCAGGAGAUACGGCUAGUAUCUGAUAAAGAUAGUAAAUCGGGUAGGAAAAGUACAAAUCAAGAAACUCCUCAAAUCAAAAGUCCUCUUCCAGCAAAAAGACAGAGGAAAAAGAUUAAAAGAAGAGGUAAUAAAUCGAGAAUGGAGAAAUCAGCCCUGAAUGCUACAAAUGUUGAAGAGAAUCAAGAUAAAAUAUUGGAGGAGAAACUAAAUAUGAAAGAACCUAAAUAAGGAGCUAAAUACCAGUGAUUUUAUAAUGAAUCCUGAAGUUAAAGCCCAAGCUACAGAGCUGAAUAUUCGUCCUCCUGUCCCUAAAACUCCUUCAAAUCCUAUCUUCAACAAGAAGCCUUCAGAAGAAAAGAAGUUAGAGUUUCCAACAAUGAAUGAAAAUUUCAGGUCGACUCCUGACUUGCCCUCAAAUGUUAAAAUGCUGGAUGAAGCACCUGUUGACAAGCAGGAAGAAAUUGCCACUCAGAUGCAGGAAGAGGUUCAAACUGAAAAGCAACAGGACACUUCUAGAAAUGAGGCCCUGAGUUAUUUUGAUGAUAUCCAAAGUCAGAUUGCUACCUUCAAUCAGAAAAUGGAAAAAUUUGAUAACAUUAAUGAACUUAUUGGGAAAGGUAACCCAAAAAGCGCACUAAGCGUAGAUAAAAAGUCAAAUCCUGGUAAACAAUGAGCUAUACAUCCUAGUAGCGUCUAUAAGUUCUUCUGUAGGGAUUGUAAGGUGCCUAUAUGAGUAGAGUGAAUUAAUAAGCAUGCUGAUGACAACUUUGUGAGGAUAGAUGACCUCAACCUGAAGUCUUCGGAAUUUUAACGAAGUCGCUGUUCAUAUUAUGGAAGCUCUCUCAACUUGUGAAGGAAAAAUUCGAGCAAAAUCAUCUUUAAGGACCGAAACUCAGAGUAUGUAUGACUAUCUACAAGAAAUUAAAAAGGACGAACAACAAAGAAUCAGAGGGUAUUUUGAGUACAUUCGGAUGGUCCUUGAUAAAAGAGAGGAAACUCUUAGAGUCCAACUCGACUUAUCCAUAGGAAUUUUGGAGAAAUAGACUUAAUCUUGACUUGAAAAUCCUUGAUGGGAAAAUGGCCGAUCUCAAAAAUUUCAAUGAAAAUUUGAAAAAGUAUCAAGACAUUAGCAUGAAAGGAAACUUAGAUAUUGCACUUUUUGGAGAACAAGUCUACGAUCUUAUUGAGUCGAUCAGGUAUUAUGAUCAAGUCGAGAUUCCAGGUGAUGGACAUGAGCAACCCAACAUUCCUCCGGAGGAGAUGAUCGGCGAUCAUUUAUUUAUGGUCCAAAUUGAUAAUGCAAUAUCUCUUCCAUAUUUUGACUUAAAUUUAUCUCCUGAAAUUGAGCGGUUGAAGAAGAUUGGGAUGAUUAAAAACCAAGUCCCAAUCCUAGACAUUGAAGAGGAAGAAGUAAUACAGUCUCAUAAGCCGCCUGCAAUGGAGGUUCUCCCUCGCGUUGCUAUAUAA